AUGUGGUGCUUGGGAAAUGCAAGUAAAUCAAACCUCAGGGUUAUGAUGUUGAUCGAAGUUAAAACGUCAAUUCAAAAAAAGUUGUUAGCACCAAAGUUCUUACAUCAAUACAAGAAUGCAGCGAAAAUAAUAGAUGGAAAGGUUAUCGCAAAGUCCAUUCGAGAAAAAAUAUCCGAUGAAGUUUAUCAAUUGAAAAGAAAGUACCUUAGCUUUAAGCCUCGACUUGCGAUUGUUCAGGUUGGAAAUAGGGAAGAUUCUGUAGCAUAUGUGAAACAGAAAGAACAAGCCGCCAGAGAGGCUGGAAUUGAUUUUAUUUUACAAAAAAGGGACGAGUCAAUUACCGCGAAUGAGCUCUCGAAAUUGGUUCGUGAGCUAAACCAAGAUCCAUCGAUUCAUGGAGUGUUGGUUCAGCUUCCUUUACCGGAACAUAUUGAUGAAAGAUGUGUUAUUGAAUCUAUUGAUCCAAAAAAAGAUGUUGAUGGAUUUCAUACAAAUAAUAUCGGAAGAUUGGUUAAAAGACACGACGAUCCUAUAUUUUUACCAUGCACACCUAAAGCAAUUAUCGAAUUAUUGGAUCAAACUGGAAUUAAUAUUUCAAGAAAGCGCGCAGUCGUGGUUGGCCGUAGUGAUAUUGUGGGAUUUCCCACAUUUACACUAUUAUUGAAAAGAAAUUCUACAGUUACGUUGUGCCAUUCCAUGACGGCCAACCUUCCCGAGAUUGUUAAAACAGCCGAAAUCCUAGUGGUGGCUAUUGGAAAAGCCGAAUUCAUAAAAGGCGAUUGGAUAAAUCCUGGUGCUGUAGUCAUCGAUGUUGGAACUAAUGCGAUAAAAGGCGAUGUAGAAUUUUCAUCCGCCUCUGCAGUAGCAUCUUAUAUAACACCAGUUCCUGGUGGUGUAGCUCCGGUGACAGUUGCAAUGUUAUUAAAAAACACAGUAGAAAGUGCCAAAAGGUUUCUGAAAGAAAGUAACGAACGCAAGAUAUCCACAUUGACACUGAAACGGGUUGUACCUGUUCAAAGCGAUAUCGAUAUCGCAACUUCACAUACACCUAAAUCUAUUAAAGUUCUGGCUAAAGAAUUAGGGCUGGCUUCAAAUGAAAUUGAAUUAUAUGGACAAUACAAAGCCAAAGUAAGUCUUUCAGUUAUUGAAAGAUUGAAAUCGCGAAAAAAUGGAAAAUAUAUUAUUGUAACAGGUAUAACGCCAACACCAUUAGGUGAAGGAAAAUCUAUAACCACCCUUGGUAUAGCACAAGCAUUGAGUGCUCAUUUGGGGAAACUUUCAUUUGCAUGUGUUAGGCAACCUUCACAAGGACCAACAUUUGGCAUCAAAGGAGGAGCUGCGGGUGGUGGAUAUUCUCAAGUGAUACCAAUGGACGAAUUCAAUUUACAUUUAACGGGAGAUAUACAUGCUGUUACCGCAGCAAACAAUCUGUUAGCCGCUGCGAUUGAUGCACGAAUGUUUCAUGAAAAUACUCAGACAGAUAAGGCCCUUUUCAAUCGCUUAUGCACUGCUAAAAAUGGUGUUCGUGUCUUUGCCCCCGUAAUGUUGAAACGAUUACGAAAACUUGGAAUUGAUAAAACCGAUCCCAACGAUUUAACUCCUGAAGAAAUUAGCAAGUUUGUUAGAUUAGACAUUGAUCCCGAAACUAUUACAUGGCAAAGAGUAAUUGACACAAAUGAUCGAUUCUUACGGCGCAUUACUAUAGGUCAAAAUCCAACAGAGAAAGGUCAAACACGAUCAACAGGUUUUGACAUUUCGGUGGCCUCUGAAUGUAUGGCGGUACUUGCAUUAAGUACUUCUCUUGAAGACUUACGGGAGAGAUUAGGUAGAAUGGUCGUUGCUACGAAUAAAGCUGGAGACACACCUAUAACAGCAGAUGAUCUUGGUAUAGGAGGUGCAUUAACAGUAUUAAUGAAGGAUGCAAUCAAACCAAACCUUAUGCAGACUUUAGAAGGAACACCCGUGUUUGUUCAUGCUGGACCAUUUGCAAAUAUUGCGCAUGGAAAUAGUUCCAUAUUAGCAGAUAAGAUUGCAUUAAAAUUAGUGGGAGUUGAGUGUGAUUCAGAAGGAAAUCCAGUAGAAGGAAGCGAAGAAGGUUAUGUGAUAACAGAAGCAGGAUUUGGUACUGAUAUUGGAAUGGAAAAGUUCUUUAAUAUCAAAUGCAGGCUAUCAGGGUUGGUACCUGAUUGUGUUGUUAUAGUUUCUACAAUUAGAGCUUUGAAAAUGCAUGGUGGUGGACCUGAAAUUACGUUCGGAAACCCAUUACAUGAAACUUAUUUAAGUGAAAAUCUCGAGUUAUUGGAAAAAGGAUGCGUCAAUCUUGUUAAGCACAUCCAAAACGCAAGAAAAUAUGGCUUGCCAGUUGUAGUUUCCAUUAAUAAAUUCACAUCUGACACACAAGCUGAACUUGAAUUAACUCGUAAGAUUGCAAUAGAAGCGGGUGCAAGUGACGCGAUACCAGCGACACAUUGGGCGUUAGGAGGGGAGGGAGCAAUAGAUUUGGGAAAAGCGAUCAUUAAAGCGACAACUGAUAAAACGGAGAAACGAGAAUUCAGGUUUUUAUAUGACAUAAACAAACCAAUUAUCGAAAAAAUUGAGAUUAUUGCAAAAGAAAUGUAUGGAGCUGAUGGAAUAGAGUUGAGUAAGAAAGCUAUUGAAAAAGUUGAAAGAUAUACUAAACAGGGAUUUGUAAACUUACCAAUAUGUAUGGCCAAAACGCAUUUAUCUCUUUCACAUGAUCCAAAACUUAAAGGUGUGCCUACAGGAUUUACAGUGCCAAUACGAGACAUUCGAGCAUCAAUUGGAGCAGGAUUUUUAUAUUCAUUGUUAGGGGAAAUGCCAACUAUACCCGGAUUACCUACUGUGAGUAAUUAA